AUGUCGUUAAUCUUCUCCACCACGUCGCCACCCCCCGUAGAGGUCCUCGCGGACGACUCGCGGUGGGACGCACUUGCUGCAGAGUGCCAGAGAUGUUCAGCGAGCCUCUACAAGUGCAGACAGGAGGCAGAGCGGAUUGUGCAGUCGAUGGACGGUGCGCUGUUUUGUGCUGCGCUCGAGGCCACGCCACCAUCCUUGUGUGGUGCCGAUCUUUCGAGCAGUGGUCCGCCUUCUCUCCGUUAG